AUGAUCACUGAAAUUUUACAAAGUUAUGAUUUUGAAAAUUCCGGUGAUUUAAACAAAAUAGAAUGGAUAAAAUUAUGCUCUAAUUCAACAAUUAAUAUAUCUAGUGAAUUAUCAUUAACAUUAUUCAAUGAACUUGAUACAGAUAAUGAUGGAUUAAUUAAAAUAUCAGAUAUAUUACAAGAAUUAGAAAUAUGGAAAGCAUCAAAUCAAUCAAAUUGUAAUUUGAAUCAUUUUGAUAAAAUUGAUAAUAAUCAAUAUGGGAAUGAAUGUAAAAAUGAGGAAUUAAUAUUAGAACAAGAUCCAGUUAUCUUAGAAAGACGUAAAAAAAGAUAUCCAAUAAUUCCAUCGGAAAUAAUCAUACCAAAUGAAGGAAGCGAUCAAUGGAUGCCUAAAAAGGAAAUUAAUCCAGAUGGAUCAGAAGUUUUUACAACUACACCUAUAGUCAAAACUCCAAGAUACAGUAGUGUUUGUGAAUUAGAAAGUGUAAUAUCACAGAAUUAUCCAGAAUUAUUAAGUCCGUUUAAAAUCGUUCUAAAUGAUUUUCGAAAUGAACUUUUACGAACUAAAAAAGAAAAAAUCGAUUUGGAAGAAACAUACAUAAAAGAGAAGGAAAAACGUAAAAGUGAUUUAUCUAGAUUAGAAGGUGAACUUGAAUUACAAAUUAAAUCAAUAGAGGAACGUGCCAAAUCGGAAGUACAUGAAAAGUUACAAAGUGAGUAUAGAACACUGGUCUCUAACAAAGAACAAGAAAUCACAGAAAUACGGGAACAAGUUGAAAGUUUACAACGUAAAAUUAAAAAUAAUUCCUCUAAUUGUUGUGAUUCAAUGAAUAGUCCUAUUAUAUUGAAAAAAUUUACUGAUUCAUUUGAUAAAUCAAAUUCUUCUCUAAUUUCUUCUUUACAUUAUGAACAUCUUAAUCAAAAUGAAACGAUAGAACAAAAUUCAUAUAAAAUUGAAUUACAAAAUGUUUUAUCAAUUCUAGCACAAAGAGAAUUUGAAUUGAAAACAUUAAAAGAUCAAUUAAUUCAACAAGAAACACAAUUAACAAUGGAUAAACAUGAAUUAAUUAGUCAAGAAGAAGAGAAACAAAAUCUAUAUUCUCAAUUAAAUGUUAUGCGAACAACAAUGGAACGUUUAAAUAAAACAAACGACUACUUAUGUUCAGCGUUGCAUCGUGAAUCAAUUCACAGGCCAAGUAGAACGUCACCAUCGAGUGCUUUCUCAGAAUUUAUGGAACAAAGUGAUAACAACGAAACCAAUCUACAGCCAUGUAGAUUUUCAACAGGAAUCAAUUUUCCAUUAGAACCGUAUGAAUUUGACAGUUUGGAAAAUAUUCUACCACUUCAACGCCAACAAAAUCAUCAUCUUGAUUCCACAUGUCGACGCUCAGAUUACUCUACUCAUGAAAAUAAUGCUGAAGAACAACACCCUACAGAAACUUUAACACCAACACGUAUAUUUAAAGUGAUUUUAGUCGGGGAUUCAGGUGUUGGCAAAUCUAGUUUCUCAUAUCGAUUUUGUGAUGGAAUAUUUUAUCCACAACUUAGAGCUACUUUAGGAGUUGAUUUUCGAACAAAAAAUAUUAAAAUGAAUAAUUCAGUGUACACUAUUCAGUUAUGGGAUACUGCUGGACAAGAGACGUAUCGUUGUAUUGUCCGUUCAUAUUUUCGCAAAAUUGACGGUGUAAUUUUAAUGUAUGCAGUUGAUCAACCUGAUACAUUUGCAAAUAUCAAAUAUUGGAUGGAAAUGAUAAAAGAAUCGACAAGUGAAGAAAAUGUUCCAAUUCUUCUAGUUGGUAAUAAAGUUGAUUUACGCAAUAGCAGUAGUAACAGUAUUAAAGAAAGUUAUAAUAAUAUUGAUGAUAUGAAAAAAGAUGAAUCGCAUAAGUACAUCACAUAUGAAAUGGGUGCCGAUGUAGCUAAAUUACAUCACGUUUCAUUCAUUGAAACAAGUGUAUUAAGCAAGCAUAAUAUCACAGAAGCUGUUGAACUACUUACGGAAGGGAUGAAGUUGAAUGAAGAUGAACAAGUUGCAGUUGUCACAUUAACUACAUCAUCGUCAGCAUCACUGAAAAGAAAUAUUGGCAAAAUGUCUAAUACAAACAGAAAAAUGUGUUGUACAUAA